AAACAUCACAACGACAUUGUCCGCCAUAUUAUAGAAGGUAUGAGCAUAAAUAUUGGAGAACAGUAAUUGAAAAUAAUAUUAUUAUCAUUAAAUUACCUGAAAUAGUGAGAUUUACAAUUGUAUGUGUAAGUGAAAAUCCCAAUAAAGUUUUCAUUAUUACUAUUAUUAGGUACCGAACCAAAAGAUGGUGAACCCCUGCUUGUUCAAAGUCAUAGCAAAGAAGUAUCAGCCACUGUAACUGCAACCGCUCUUUCUUUCACACCUUGCGUAGAAGCAAUCGUAUUUAUUGUUGACGUCGUUUUUUUUGCCUUGGGCUUGGUAGGGUUGCACGUGUCCAACCAAGAACGGAUAGCACGCGCGCUUCUCCGAGAAUUAGGAGAAGAUACUUUGCGCGGAUUCCUCCGAGCUAUACACAACUUCAAUGCAGCUGAUGGUGCCCUGGCAAAAGCCAAAGCCCUAGCUCUUUGCUAUUCUUGGCCAGAUCUACAAUGCUGGUGGUUUCAGGGCUGUCUUCAAAGCAAUUAAAGAUGAAAUGUCGUGGUGGGACUGGAUUAAAACAGGGGUUAUAGCCGUCGCUCAGAUAACGGCGUGGUUUGCAACGGAUGGAGCUGCUUUCAUCGCGGAAGCAGCAUUGAGCAUCAUGAGCGCCGAGUCGUUGAUCGAGGCUUGUAUCAAGGCUGCCCAAGUGUGCAAGUGA